GAUUAUAAGUUAGAAUUAGGGUUAGGGUUGGUAUAGUGAAAGAGGGAUAUCAGGCCUACAGCUAUGGCCUGUUCAAGAGGUGGAGAAAUGAUCACUCCACUCUCAUGGUCUACUCUUCCAGUAGAUCUCUUAACUGAUAUAGCCAAACACCUCGAUACCUAUUUUGAUGUCCUUCAUUUCCGUUCUGUUUGCCAUUCAUGGCGAACUUCCGUUCCUGCUCCUAAAAAGUCUCCAUCUUUGCCUUUGGAGCUUAAUUUCCUCACUGACGAUCCUUUCCACCCUUUUGCUACUUUUUCUGUCUAUCGAAGGACAGUCUUUCGUCUUGAACCUGAAGGCUCUCAACAUGGUAAUAGCUGGUUGAUUAAGGUUCAAGAAGAGAGUGAUGCAGGCAAGCUGCUUGUAACAAGUCCUUUCUCAAGAUAUCCCAUUUAUAAUUUACCUCCCACAUUUCCAAGGGAGUUGAACCUGCUCAGUUUCCGUGUCUGGCCUAUUGCUAGUACUUUCAGCCUUGAACGACAUGAUGAGGAUGAGGAGCUCGAUAGCAACGAUGUUACUUAUCACCCCAUGGAGAUCGUUCAUGGAGGAGUAGAAGAAAAUGAUAACGAUAGUUUUAUUAGCAAUGACGGGGUUACCAUGUCUAGCAAGGUAACCGUUUCAGCUUCUGAAACGGAUUCAAGCCUUGGAGUUUGUGCUCUCAUUAGAGGUGAAUUUUAUUCGAUGAAAGUUAAUCGUGAUCAGGAAUGGAACUCAAUGGACAUUGCUGAUACAUAUAGAGACAUAAUAAAUUACAAAGGAGAUAUUUAUGCCGUGCUUAGAAAUGGAACAGGUUCUAGAACCGAUGCUAAUUCACUCACUACCACUCAUCUUAUCCUUCCGCCAAGACCCUUUACCGGUGAGAGGUAUCUUGUUGAGUCAUGUGGAGAUCUUUUCUUAGUCUCCAGAGACUAUAGUAUUUGCGCAAGCAAAGUUUACUAUGAUGAUGAUACUAAAUGUUAUUUCAAGAAGGAAGGUGUUACUGAUAUUCCAUUUAAGUUUGAGGUCUUUAAGCUGAACACUGUUAGCCCAACAUCACCGGUGUACCAUUGGGACGUGGUGAAUGAUUUGGGAGACCAAAUCUUUUGCUUGAGUAAGGACUGCUCUUUUUCCGUUUCAGCUCAAGAUUUUGCUGGAAGCAAAGGGAAUUGCAUUUACUUUGUUGAUGAACUGUAUGAUGAAUUCGAUGAUGAGGAAGAUGUAUAUGAUGAUGAUUUGGUAGACGAUACCAAAAUAUUUGUGUUCAAUUUAGAAGAUGGCUACGCUGGACCUCUCGCCUCUUCUCCAGGCUUCCCUAAUAUAUUCUGGCCACCACCAUUGUGGUUGAGAACAGAUCUGCCUCCACUUGGAAAUUGAAGGCUUCCUAUGCAGUGAGAAAAUACUUCCAUCUGGAAGGAGGUUUCGAAGUGUUAUGAUCUCGUCAUCCUUGAUCAAUCUCUGUGCUGUUUCGCAAGAUGGGAGGUGCUGCCAUUGCUGUUGCUGUUUUAGCUUUAAUUUGUGAAUGUUAGGGUUGGUUUUCAACCUUACAUGGUUGCUUAUUUCAAAUAUGUUUAAUUUUAGUUGAAGUACUGUUUGAAUCCUUUGGAAACUUUUAAUACCUGUACUAGCUUGUUCAAGACAAGUUUUUACUUCUAUGCUAUAUAACUUUAGUUUCUUCUA